UCGUUUGGAAGUGAUAAAAUUUACAGACACUCAGACCCCCGUAUCUACUCAUUUCGUUUGUUGUACGCAACUCAAGAACCUUAAACCGUUAAACUUAUUCAGAGUCUUCUACUUGCGAGCUGUGAAAAAUGGGAAGAGGAAGCAGAGAUGAUAGAGAACAGAGCUCUGGUGACCCUCUUCUUCCUAGUGUUGUAACUGAUGAGAGAUUCUCCAGUGAGGCUUCCGCGACAGUGGUGGUGGUUUUCAGCACUUUGGUGGCUGUUUCUGGCUCCUAUGUUUUUGGCUCAGCUAUUGGCUUUUCAUCGCCUGCACAGACUGGGAUUGUGGAUGACCUAGGUCUCUCUUUAGCAGAGUAUUCACUUUUUGGUUCGAUAAUGACGAUUGGAGCAAUGUUGGGUGCUGUUAUGAGUGGAAAACUAGCAGACGUAUUUGGUCGGAGAGGUUUGCAGGCUAUGGGAUUUUCUGAGAUGUUUUGCUUACUAGGAUGGGUAGGAAUAUUAUUCUCCAAGGGUCCUUGGUGGCUUGACUGUGGGAGACUAUCGAUAGGUUAUGGUGUUGGGCUUCUUUCAUACGUGGUACCAGUAUACAUAGCAGAAAUAACACCUAAGAAUCUUCGAGGAGCAUAUACAACAGUUAAUCAGUUUAUGAUAUGUUGUGGCAUAUCAGGAAUGUUUAUAGUUGGAAACUUCAUCUCUUGGCGUAUCCUGACUAUACUUGGAAUUGUUCCCUGUGUACUACAUCUGCUGGGUCUUCCCUUCAUUCCCGAGUCCCCUAGAUGGCUGGCAAAGAUUGGUAGGGAGAAAGACAGUGAAUCUGCUUUACAGCGCCUAAGGGGAAAUAAUGCAGACAUAUCGAGAGAAUCUGCUGAUAUUAGAGAGUACAUAGAAUCCCUUCAACAACUUUCAGAUACUAGCUUUUUUGAUUUAUUUCAGAGGAAAUAUGCUCACUCGCUGACUGUCGGAGUUGGUCUAAUGGUAUUGCAGCAAUUAGGCGGGGUGAAUGGGAUUACAUAUUAUGCAAGUGCUAUUUUCAUAUCAGCAGGUUUUUCAAGUACAAUUGGCACCAUAGGAAUAGUAUUUGUUCAGGUUCCUAUGACAUUGUUAGGGGUACUUUUGAUGGAUAUAUCAGGUCGACGUCCACUACUAAUGAUCUCAGCAGCCGGAACAUGCUUGGGCUGCUUCUUCGUAGGAUUGUCAUUUUUACUGCAGGACCUUCAAGUGUGGAAGGAGAUCAGUCCAAUAUUAGCACUUGUUGGUGUACUGAUAUUUAAGGGAUCAUUCUCAUUAGGCAUGGGAGGAAUUCCAUGGGUUAUAAUGUCCGAGAUAUUCCCCAUAAAUAUUAAGGGUCCUGCUGGGAGUCUUGUGACGGUAGUCAACUGGUUUGGAACCUGGGCGAUUUCCUAUGGUUUUAAUUUUCUAAUGAAAUGGAGCUCAGAAGGGACCUUUUUCAUGUUUUCUGUUUUCUGCGGAUUAACCAUUGUUUUCGUGGCAAAGUUGGUUCCCGAGACCAAAGGCAGGACACUGGAAGAGAUACAAGCAUCCUUGAACUGAUACCAGACAAUCAGAGCGGUUCAGAUAAAGUUUCCUAAACAAUCUGUUUUAAAAAAAAUUGUCGAUAUUUGUUAAUCAGUUCUGUUAAUUAUUAUAUGUGCAGGAUUGCUUUCUUACAAGUGUAAGUAGAGACUAGCUUAUAUCCGUCCAACCAAACUUUUAGUGUUUCGGUUUUAACCAUAUACCAGUAUAGAUAGCAAUUCCUCAGAGAAGCCUGUGACAGGAUCUGUAAUACCACUUGGACGCUCUUUGUGCACAGGAAAUUUGUGCUGCUAUUGAUUUUUCUGGGGAAAAUAAUUCA